GUCUAAUCUUCAGUUAUCAUUAAUAACUGAUAAAGUUUAUAAAGUGUCAGGCUCUAGUUAUAAAAUCAUUAGAGCUGCAUAAUAUUAUAGUGAGAUUUGACGAAACAUUACCUUAUUACACUGUGCGACAUGGAGCGUUUACAUUUGGGUACGACAAGCAUGUAGACUGUACGAUGAUGACACCUACUGAAUUGUGGCUAUGACGACUGCGACACACGUAAGCCCAAACUUAAUCAGCAUGCGCUACUGGUAAACAAAUGCCGGUACGCGUGUCGUUGCAGCAAACACACUGUGCGUUGAUCAUGCUGAAUUUCUAACACUUUCAGAAAACUAUCAUAGGCUAUCUUUGGUUGCAACACCAGGAAAACAGCCAUCUUUAAACCUCUCUCACUGGACGACAUAUGUCCACCAACGAGGAGCCACAAUCACAGAAAUCGCAAGAUUGUUUCACAAUGGCAUUCUUUCAUUUGGGACAGCCAAAAAUCGUGCAGUGUAUCUCGGGCUUAACAGAAGAUUUAAAGCUUGUAAACAACCUGUCAUGUAAGAGAGAUGUAGUGGAAACACACCAUCUGCAAAAAUCUAUUCGUAGCGAUUCGUUUUGAUUUUGUUGCAGAACAACACAAAUAAAUGAAUGCAUGAGAAACACUGCAUUCAAUUGAAAUGCUCUGUUGUUGUGUGUUUGUUUUUUUCACGUUUACGAUGAUGUCACGGCAGAGGUGGCGUUACUGUAACGAUAUUUCUAUAAUCCCACCCACUCUGAGGCGAUACUAACAUGUAGUGGAAAAGCAAACAAAAGCGAGGCGAGCCACGGGAGAUCUUUUCGGAGUUUUGUAUUGACUUAAGUAGAUUAUGGUUUGUGUCAUCACAAAUCCCUGUUCAGACUCCGUAGUAGUGAAAGAGGAAGAUCAAGAAUGCAAUGAACUAAAGGAUGAACAUCAGGACCACAAUUAUACGACUGCCAGCUGCUCAGAAACUGCUGAGAAUUCCCCUCAAGAAAGAGUUGAAGCCAAAAAUGUGUUUGCAUGCCAUCUUUGUGGUAAGACUUACUCAAAAAAAGCUCAACUAACGCGUCACCUAAGGAUUCACACUGAGACGCCUCACGCAUGCUCCCACUGUGAGAAGACUUUCAUCAAUAAAAGUAAACUUGUGGAUCACAUGAUGAUUCACACAGGUGAGAGGCCUUUCUCCUGCCCUCAGUGUGAUAAAGCUUUCAUUAAUAAAACAAGACUUAAUGCUCACAUGAAGAUUCACAGUACUGAAAGGUCGUACAUCUGCCCUCAAUGUGGAAAGACUUACACAUGUAAAGAAUAUCUUCAUAAUCAUGUAAUAACUCACAUUCAGAAAAAGCCUUUUUCUUGCCCUCAGUGUGGAAAGAGUUUUUCAUAUAAAAGUAACUUAAAAACUCAUGUGAGAAAGCACACUGGUGAUGGCUUGUUCACCUGCUCUCAUUGUGAAAAGGGUUUUUUAAGUAAAGCAAAUCUAGAGAAUCACAUACGAGUUCACACUGGAGAGAAACCUUACACAUGCCCUCAGUGUGAUAAGAGCUUUAAAAAAAAGGUAGCUCUUAGGGAUCACAUACGAGUUCAUACCGGUGAGAGACCUUACUCAUGUCAACAGUGUAAUAAGAGUUUUAAACACCAGGUAGCUCUUGGGUAUCACAUGGAAAUUCAUAAGGGUGAGAGGACUUUAUCAUGCCACCUGUGUGAUAAGAGGUACAUACAUGCAUAUAGUCUUAAACUUCAUCUGAUGAUUCACUCAAAUGAAAGGCCUUUUAGCUGCGAUCAGUGCGAUAAGAAGUUUUUUUGGGCAUCUGUGCUUAAGGAGCACCUAAAGACUCAUUCAGAUGAGAGGCCGUAUUCGUGUUCUGUUUGUGGGAAGAGUUUUCAAUCACACAGAAAAGUUAAAGUGCACCAGAAAAUACAUACAGGUGUGAAAAAACAUGUGUGCUCUGUGUGUGAUAAAGCCUUUCUGAGAGUCGCAGACCUAAAGCGGCACCAAAAUAUCCAUAAAGAAAACCCUUAAAAGUGUGGAAAGAGUUUUAUUGAGUUUGGGAAGCUGAUAAAACACACGUGACUGUAUAUCUCACAGAGAAAAGCGCUGAGUCUUUAGGUCUAUGCAUAUGGUUACCCCUCUGAAUUUACUACGUCACCAGUGACCAGAAUCGCGCAGGUUUAUAUUAUUAAACUGCUGCGUGUUAUGUAAGGAAUAAUUAACGACGGGCAAUUGAAUUAUUAGAAAAAUAAUGCACAUUAUUUUUCAAUAAUUCAACGGCCCAGAGUCAAUUAUUCCGCUUAUACUAUCUCUAAACAUCCCUGUUAUUGCCUCGGAAAAUCAUCUGUCAUGUUGUUUUUGUUAGUCCGUUAGUACAGCUAACUAUGCGAAGUGAUAUGGAACUGUAAUGCGGGCAAUAGAGCUAGUAAGUCUUUUAUACCAACUAGCAUUGUAUUGAUGAAUAAGGAGGAGUACCUGAAGGACAGCACUUUACAAUAGCACCAUGUACUUUCUCCCUUGUGGGACUAUCAUGGUAUGAACAACUGCACUUUGUCCUAGUUAUGUAGUGGGGGUCUUUUGUCCUGAUGUUUUGUACAUGAGUGAGGGGUUGUUGGGCCGAGGGGAACUCUUUUGUAUAUUUUGUUUUGUGUUUGUUUUGUUAUUUGUCUAAUCGUCAUUAUGUAUAGAUGUAUCAGGCACGCUUCAUGGUGCAGAACAAGUUUCUGAAAGGAUAAAUAAAUAAAUCUCAAAAAUAGA